AGCAGUCUGGGCGGUGAUGGCGGCGACUGCGGUGACGGCGGCAGCAGCGUCUCCGGAACCAGCGGCCGGCACGGAUGGCGCCUCCUCAGUGCAUUGGUUCCGCAAGGGACUUCGGCUCCACGACAACCCGGCGCUGCUGGCGGCAGUGCGCGGGGCGCGCUGUGUGCGCUGCGUUUACAUCCUCGACCCUUGGUUCGCGGCCUCCUCUUCGGUCGGGAUCAACCGAUGGAGGUUCCUACUUCAGUCUCUGGAAGAUUUGGACACGAGUUUAAGGAAACUAAACUCCCGCCUGUUUGUAGUCCGGGGACAGCCAGCUGACGUGUUCCCAAGGCUCUUCAAGGAAUGGGGGGUGACCCGCUUGACCUUUGAAUAUGACUCCGAACCCUUUGGGAAAGAACGGGAUGCUGCCAUCAUGAAGAUGGCCAAGGAGGCUGGUGUGGAGGUGGUGACCGAGAACUCACAUACUCUCUAUGACCUGGACAAGAUCAUUGAACUAAACGGACAGAAGCCACCCCUUACCUACAAGCGCUUCCAGGCCAUUAUCAGCCGCAUGGAGCUGCCCAGGAAGCCCGUGGGCUCCGUGACCAGCCAGCAGAUGGAGCGCUGCCCGGCCGAGAUCCAGGAGAACCACGACGAGACGUACGGCGUGCCCUCCCUGGAGGAGCUGGGCUUCCCCACUGAAGGACUUGGCCCAGCUGUUUGGCAAGGAGGGGAGACGGAAGCUCUGGCCCGCUUGGAUAAGCACUUGGAACGGAAGGCCUGGGUUGCCAACUACGAGAGACCCCGAAUGAACGCCAACUCCCUCCUGGCCAGCCCCACGGGCCUCAGCCCCUACCUGCGCUUUGGUUGCCUCUCCUGCCGCCUCUUCUACUACCGCCUGUGGGACCUGUAUAAAAAGGUGAAGCGGAACAGCACGCCCCCCCUCUCCCUGUUUGGGCAACUCCUGUGGCGAGAGUUUUUCUACACGGCAGCCACCAACAACCCCAGGUUUGACCGCAUGGAAGGGAACCCCAUCUGCAUCCAGAUCCCCUGGGACCGCAACCCUGAGGCCCUGGCCAAGUGGGCCGAGGGCAAGACAGGCUUCCCUUGGAUUGACGCCAUCAUGACCCAGCUGAGGCAGGAGGGCUGGAUCCACCACCUGGCCCGGCACGCCGUGGCCUGCUUCCUCACCCGCGGGGACCUCUGGGUCAGCUGGGAGAGCGGGGUCCGGGUGUUCGACGAGCUGCUCCUGGAUGCGGACUUCAGCGUGAACGCAGGCAGUUGGAUGUGGCUCUCCUGCAGCGCUUUCUUCCAGCAGUUUUUCCACUGCUACUGCCCUGUGGGCUUUGGCCGCCGCACGGACCCCAGUGGGGACUACAUCAGGCGAUACCUGCCCAAACUGAAAGGGUUCCCCUCUCGAUACAUCUACGAGCCCUGGAAUGCCCCAGAGUCGAUUCAGAAGGCCGCCAAGUGCAUCAUCGGCGUGGACUACCCACGGCCCAUUGUCAACCAUGCCGAGACCAGCCGGCUCAACAUCGAGCGGAUGAAGCAGAUCUACCAGCAGCUCUCUCGCUACCGGGGACUCUGUCUGCUGGCGUCUGUCCCUUCCUGUGUGGAAGACCUCAGCAACCCGGUGGCAGAGCCCAGCGCGAGCCAGACGGGGGGCACGAGCAGUGCAGGCCCCAGACCGCUACCCAGUGGCCCAGCGUCCCCCAAACGCAAGCUGGAAGCAGCUGAGGAGCCACCUGGUGAAGAACUCAGCAAACGGGCCAGGGUGGCUGAAAUGCCUGCCCCAGAGCUGCCGAGCAGGGACGUCUGAGAUGGCAGCGCUGUGGCUCCAUGAGCAAUGCCCGGGUGCCCGAGCAGCCACCACGGCAGCAGAGAGCAGCCUGCAGGAAAGCUGAUCACCGACAGAGAUCGAGCCAGCGUGUGUGUGUCUGUGCGCGCGUGUGCAGAGGAAGGAGUGGUGUGCCUAUCUGCGUGUGCAUGCAUCCGUUUACACUCUUGUGAUUCUGAAUGCUGCCUGGGCUGGAGAAGUACCUGUAAGCAGCUUCACCUCAGCCUUCAGACACCAGGCUAGAGGUCAAGGCUGUGACUUUCAACCACGACCCGUCCCUGCGAACCAAUGCCCUGUCUGAACAGAAGAGUGGUAGGACCCUGGCUGGGAUUCUGGCAUCUGCCCCUCCCCCAGCCCUUCCCAUCUCCCUCCUCGCCUCAGACUGGGGAGCAGGAGGGCGAUACUUCUGGUUCUCGUCCAGAGCCCUGCUGACUUCGUCCUGACCCUGGAGGCUGAGCAGCUGGAGUAGAUGGGUGCUGUCCAGACACAGUCACCUGGUCUGGCGUCUUUCGUAUUUUAAAACCCCCUGCCCCUGGGCCCUCUAGACCCUUCCUCAGGCAUCUAGGCCGGAGCACAAGGCUAUGGACAGAUCUGAAAAUUUCCGCCAUCACAUGGAAGCACAGCCAUGCCUGUGUGCCUGGUACUGUAGACAGUGGCCUAGGAGGUACAGUUGGCUUUGGGGGGGCUGGCAACCUAAGGGUAGGAAUAGCAUCCCAGCUCCCGCUGUUGCUUCCCCAGAAGCUGAGAGCCAGCCUCAGAGCCGCUGUGGAGACCCAGUGCCUCCCCCAGGAGUAGGCCAUGUUCCUGGUCCUCUGGCCACACUCCAGGGCCCCGCGGCACUGCCACUUAGCUCAGCUGACACCCCCCAGGGGAGCCAUCCUGGCCUGGGCUCUGCAGGCCUCCAGGCCCGGGACCGGUCAGUAUCCAGGCUGCCACUUCAGCUGUGCCAGAAGCUGGGUGCCGUGGACCCGGGCGGGUGGCCCAGGGUGGGCACUGCCAGGGACGGUCGGGAAAGGUCCAAGCCGAGAGCCCACCCAGCGCACCAGCCUUUCCGAAGCAGCAGGUGGGAGGUGUGACCCAGAGGAGCCAAGGCCUUACAUUCCAGGAGUGGCCAGUGCCUCCCACUUCAACCCUCCCUCCGUCCCGUAUCGAGAAAAACAGAGUGAAAAGGACUGUGGUCGGCUGCAGCAAGUCUUCCCUCCACCCCGUGGCCUGCCCUAGAGCCACAAAGUGUGUGUGUGCUUUGUGUGUGGGUGUGUGUACGUGUGUGUGUGUGAGCGCGCACUCGCGCACUCAGAGCUGAGAGGCUGAUUCCUUUUUGGAUUUUUGUCCUCACGUGUAACGUUAAGCUGGCCUCUGGGCCUUUUCCUCUCUACCUCCCUGUGACCUUUCCUAGCCUCAUAGCUGUUAACUCCCUUGGCCCCCGCCCCGUCCCCCACUGCCCUCGGUCCUCGGACCAGCCCCCGGGGCCAGGCCCCGUCUCCUCAAGCUGUCCAGCGCGUCGACAGGCUUCUUCCUGAGAUGUCCUCAGGCUUUCUCAGCCAGAGAGCUGCCUUUAGAGUCCAACUGUUGUAUGUGUGUCACCCUCACUAGAAAUGUCCCACAAUCGUGUGGGGGGAGCAGGGGGCACAGGUGUGUGUAUUUGAAGCCUGGGGUUGGGAACAUCCCUAUUCCAUUAGCCCCGGCGGGGAGGAAAGAGAACUGGCGGCUGUCAGAAGGGGAGAAGAGCAAGCCUGGAAGGGCUGGUCUGAGAAGCGGGGCCAGAGGCACGAUUUACUUAACAGCACCUUCAGGUGGCGGGAUGAGUCCCUUUUCCUGCCUGUGUACCCCCACUUCCCCACCCCCGGCAUGCUGGCCCAUUCCCAGCGCAGUGGAGCAGCCCACUCCUGGAGCUAGGAGGAGUGGGGGAAGGGUGUGUCCGGUGGCCUGGAGUGCCGCAGUGGCUUUGUGCCUGCCCUGUCCUGGCCCCGGUGUCCCCGGGGGCUGCCCAAGAGCAUUGCCCCAAAUCCUGACCCAGGGGCCAGCAUGGGGAAGAGAUCGUCGCAGGCAAAAUGCACUUUAUACAGAGAUUUCCUAUUGCAGGGAAGGUGUGUUUCUCCCACAGUUUGUGAAUAUUCACUUAUUUCAUAAAUGUCUGAUCCUGUCUGAGCAAA